GGGAGAGAGACGACUAGGCUGUUGCAUAAAAUUUCUUAAAUCGUUAAGUUUUAGAGUCCUCAGAAAUCCUGAGGACCCAAUAUCUUUGAGAGUUCUUUUAUGAAAACCUAAGGCAAAUGUGAUUCGAGUCACUAAGUUACAUCUAAAGCAAGGCUUAUUUCAGUUGCUUUGUAGAAUAACCUGACUUGAGAAAUGAAACACAUACAGGCUAACAUCGGUUACUGUUGUGUGUUUUCUUUUUGUUAUUUAAAGUAGGGGAGUGGGUCUCACAAUGUAGUCUAGGCUAGCCUGGAAUUCACUAUGUCAUCCAAGGCUGCCUUUGAAUUUACAUAAACUUCAUACUUAAGCUUCUUGAGUUCUGGAAAUACAGGGUUGCUUCAGCACACCCUUUUUUAUUUUUUUUAUUUUUUAUUUUAUUAUAUUAUUAUUUUUUUUAUUUUUCUGGUUUUUCUAGACAGGGUUUCUCUGUGUAGCUUUGGAGCCUAUCCUGGCACUCACUCCAGGCUGGCCUCGAACUCACAGAGAUCCGCCUGCCUCUGCCUCCCGAGUGCUGGGAUUAAAGGCAUGUGCCACCAACGCCCAGCUUCAGCACACCCUUUUAAUGUCUAUGAUUCUUGGAGGUCAGAUGGUAAUAUUUGGUUGGGAAUCCAAGUCUGCAGUCCCUGAACAGAGAGGCUGGAAGGAGGAGGUGCUCCAAGUCAGACAGGGUUACACGGUAAAAUCAUAACUCCAAGAGGAGUGGCCGGAGAAGUGUCUCUGAGGAUUGGUUUGAUUUCUGUUAUCUCCCCAGUGAAGAAUGUAGACCAGAGUGAAUCAUUUAAUACCUACCCAAUGUUGAGAAUUGAAGGAAAAAAACAAACACCCUUUGAGCUUCUCUUUUUUGUCCCUUUUUUGUCCACAAAGGUUGAAAAGAAUGAUGAGGACCAAAAGAUUGAACAAGAUGGUGUCAAACCGGAAGAUAAGGCUCAUAAGGCUGCGACCAAAAUUCAGGCUAGCUUCCGUGGACACAUAACAAGGAAAAAGCUCAAAGGCGAGAAGAAGGGUGAUGCACCAGCUGCUGAGGCCGAGGCAAACGAGAAGAAGGAUGAUGCUCCCAUUGCUGAUGGUGUGGAGAAGAAGGAGGGAGACGGCCCUGCUACUACUGAUGCAGCUCCAGCCACCAGCCCCAAGGCUGAUGAGCCCAGCAAGGCAGGAGAUGCCCCUUCUGAGGAGAAGAAAGGUGAGGGGGAUGCUGCUCCCUCAGAGGAGAAGGCCGGCUCAGCUGAGACAGAAAGUGCCGCUAAAGCUACCACUGAUAACUCGCCGUCCUCCAAGGCCGAAGAUGGCCCUGCCAAGGAGGAGCCUAAACAAGCCGAUGUGCCUGUCACUGAUGCUGCUGCCACCACCCCUGCUGCAGAGGAUGCUGCCACCAAGGCGGCCCAGCCUCCAACGGAGACUGCCGAAAGCAGCCAAGCUGAGGAAGAGAAAGAAGCUGUAGAUGAAGCCAAACCUAAGGAAAGUGCCCGACAGGAUGAGGGUAAAGAAGACCCCGAGGCUGACCAAGAACAUGCCUGAACUUUAAGAAAUGGCUUUCCAUGUUGCUCCCACCUGAACCCUGUCUCUCCCGCCCUUUCUCUGCACCACUCUGAAGUUUCCUCUCCUGUCCCGCUCACGUGUGUGAGCCUGUCCUCUUCUACCUACUAGCCCCCUCUCUCUGUGUGGCAAACAUUAAAAAAAAAAAAAAAAAGCAGGAAAGAUCCCAAGUCCAACAGUGUGGCUUAAAUAUUUUGUUUCUUGGUGUUGUUAUGGCGAGUUUUUGGUAAUGAUGAUGCAGUCAUCUUGGGAAAUUCUUGCACUGUACCCCAGUUUUUUGAUCUGGUGCGUGUGGCCCUGUGGGAGUCCACUUUCCUCUCUAUUCUCUCUGUUCCAAGUGUGUGUGUGUGCAAUGUUCCGUUCUGAGGAGUCCAAAAUAUUAAGUGAAUUCAAAAACCACUUCUGUUUCCUCAUUUUCAACGUGAUGGAAUGAACAAAAAGGAUAAAAAAUUAAAAAACCCGGUUUGUUUUAAAAAUAAAUAAAACAAAUGUGCCAAUUAGUGUAACUUGAGGCUGUAAGGCUCCUUUUUCAAUCUGAAUAUUAAUAAAUCAUGACAGUAAUCAAG